AUGGGCCAAGUAUGGAAACUUGGUCUGUACCGGAUUCUGAGGCCGAUAUUCAAUUUCUUUGAUCAGAACACAUUUCUUCGCUCCUUUGCCAAGAAUUAUAUCUACAGCAAGGAGCUUUACACGGACUUCUUCGCACUGUCAGUGUUCCUCGCCCUUCAGAACUUCGCCGCGUUGGGGGUUGCGCUGUACUGGCAGGUCAAGUACGAGUACCUCCCUUGGUGGCUGAUCUUCGCUUACUACUGCCAGUGGGUUGGUUUGGGAGGAAGGGGGAUGGGAGGUGCAUACACGUUGUCUCACAAGGAGGGGCAUCAUCGAGGGGGAGGGUUGUACAAGAACUGGAUCGCGUCGACCUUUGGGAAUGUGUGGGAGAACUGGAUGGGAUACCUGUAUGGCAUCGUUCCGUACAACUUCUCUACCUCGCAUGUGUUCCUCCAUCAUAAGCUGAACGGUGGGAAAGGAGACGCCAUGUACCAGUGGGACCUUGAUCGGUCGUCAUGGAGCGACUUGAUGCUGUUCCAGUACAGGGUGAUGGUGUACAUGACAGGCUGGAGCAGCAUGGAGACUUUCCGAACGCUUGCUGACUCGAACACUGUCAUGGCCAAGAACUACCAGAUGCUUUUGAAGGGCAUGAUCCUCUACUGGGUCGUGUGCCCUAGCGUCUCCCUCUCCCUCUUGGUCGGAGUUGCCGGAUGCUCCAUCAUCUCCAGCCUCAAGUUCAUGUUCUACAUCUGGUUCGAGCCCAUGUGCGGGAUGGCUUUCUUCCUUGCGCUGAUCAACUUCGCCUUCCACGCCUUCAUCGAGUUGGACGAGAGCGGCAGGCACGUCGCGUGCGUGAACUCGACGGUGAUCUUCGACGGGGACGAUGACUACUGGGGAGAGGACGACCACAUGGCCCAUCACUACUACACCAACGUCAGCCAUCGUGACCUCCCGGAGCACCAGCAGACUCAGCAUCAGGAGUGGAAGAAGUGGACGGCGUCAUGCUUCAAGAAACUGUCCAUAGUUGAGCUAGCAAUCUUCAUCCUCCUGAAAGAGUGGAAGAGGCUGGCCACCUAUCACUUUGUUGACUUCAGUGGCAAGUUGUCAGUCGACGAGAUCGCGCAUCUGUUGGAGGUGAGGGCGAAGAGGAAGGAGAUGGACUACGAGACGUACGAGUUCGACUACCUCCCGAACCUCAAGGCCAACGCAGUAGAUCUCGUCAAAGAUGGGACGUGCAGGAACGUGGGAGAGGCGCUGAAGCACUUGGCGCACACAAGCACGCCGCUCAUUGAGGGUCAAGUCACUCAGAAGAUCUACAAGAAACAGAACUGA